UUUGAGGGUGAACAAGAUCAUCUGAUUCCCUCCACCUUGCAUUACCUUUUGGAGAGUUGUUUUCUUUGUUGUUGCUGGCCGAAUGAUUGGUCAUUCAUUCCUUCAUGAUGGGCCUUGCCUUGGAGGACUGAGCCCAGCUAUCCUGCAUGUGCUCUUUGGUGGAUCCCCAGAAGAAGCGAUAAUAGAUAUUAAGGACUGUGCUGACCUUGAUAUCCGUGAGACAAUCAAAGCGGUAAUGUACAUUUUAAUGAUACAUAUUUGGGGCAAGUAAUACCUGAUGUCAGACAGUUUUCUUGGAUAUACUGUAUAAUACAAUUACAUUGUUGAUUUAAGUUAAAUGUUUUUUAAGUGAGUAAGUUUAAAAAGUUUCCCAACAUGCUAAAAAAGCUAAGAAAUUAUUUUACAUGUGGUUAGAGAUCUCCGGGUGUUGACAAGUUGUUCUUUCCCUAUUUGUUGUAUAAAUUCUAAAGUCUUUAGAAAUCAGGAAUUCUUAUGUAUUCCAAUUGUCAUUGUUAGCUGGAGGGUACAGAAUAAUUGUCAUCAGAAGAUAAGAACAGUAUUAAUGACUUUGCACUGUCUUGGGAUUUUCCUCAAGUCAUAUCUGAGAACAGAAGAUGGCUGCUGGACAAGCUGAUCCUCCAUGCAGUCCUUGGAAGAACCUCAAGACAGGUUAAACAGCUACGCAGGGGGUUAAAGGAGACACUGAUCUGGCCUUUGCUAACUGAGAGGAAAGACACAAUUCCCCUCCUUUUUCCAAGAGCAUUUAUCUACAGUGCACACCACAGGCUACAUGCAGGGUAAUGUGACCAAUUGAAUCAUCCUCGCCCCGGAGCUGGAAGCUGAAGAUCGGAGGAGCUGAUAGCACUGCGCUAAAUCUGGCUGCUACACUGAGAAAAAUCUCUUUUGGGUGGCACUAGCAGUUUCUGAACGGGAUUCCUCUGGGAUUUAACAUCCCAUACUCCAAAGAGCUUGUGGCAGACUGUCCAUCUGCCUCGACCCCUUUACCCACUAGGGAGACCCAGGCCAGCUUUUAGGUGAAAAAGGUCAGAGGGCCCUGUUAAUCCCACAUUGAAGCUCUAGGGCUUCAGAUCCACCUCCAACCAUGACAACCAAAUCCAACAGUAUCAAUCUAGAUGGAAAGGCUUCCUCCUCCCCUCUCUUAUCUUCUCCAACCCGCCAACGCCUGGUCACCAAAGACGGACACUGUGCCCUUCGUCCACCUCUGUGCUCUUCGGGCUCUUGGCGUGGGGCCUUGGGCAGAGCCUGGUUGCUUGCCCUACAGGACCUUUGGGGACUGUUGGUGGGUCUGCGCUGGAGAUGGGUCCUUCUGGCCUUCUGCUCUUCCUUCUUGGCCCAUUGGCUGCUGUUUGCCUGUAUGUGGUACUUGCUGGCCCACCUAAAUGGGGACCUGGCUGUGCAGGACCAUGACGCCCCCCCACAGGGGCAUGUGGUUUGUGUGAAGCACAUAACUAGUUUUACUGCUGCUUUUUCCUUCUCCCUGGAAACACAGCUGACCAUCGGCUAUGGCACAAUGUUCCCAAGUGGUGAUUGUCCCAGUGCCAUAGCACUGCUGGCUGUGCAAAUGCUGCUGGGUCUCAUGCUGGAAGCGUUCAUCACAGGUGCAUUCGUUGCAAAGAUUGCACGUCCCCAGAAGAGAGCAGGAGCUAUCGAGUUCAGCCCUCAGGCAGUGGUCGGGCAAUACCAGGGGCAGAUGUGCCUCAUGCUGCGAGCCACCAACAUGCUGCAACGACCUCUGGUGGAUGUAAAAGUGAGUGGUGUACUCUAUAAGGAACAUGAAGGUCAGGCUCUGCACCAGACCUCUCUGGACUUCCACUUGGAUCAGCUAGGACAGCAGCCAUGUCCCUUCUUCAUUUUCCCACUCACCUUUUACCACCCCCUGGACCGCCAAAGCCCCCUAUAUCCCACCCUGUGUGAGGGCACAUCCAUCCACUUUGAGUUGGUGGUCUUUCUGUCAGCCUUGCAGGAGGGAACUGGUGACUCCUGCCAGAAGAGGACCUCUUACCUGCGCCAAGAAAUCCAGUUUGACCGUCGCUUUGUCCCUGCCUUAGGGAUGGAUGCUCGGGGAAGAUACAUGGUGAGCAGCCAGCACUUUGACACAACCCACUCAAAGGAGUCUUUGAACAAGGAUUGUGUGGUGCAGAUAAAUGGUGAUGGCAGCGACAGAAUGGAGUAGGAAUGCUUGGUUUGAGUUUCAAAGAAAUAACUGGGAAUAGUAACAAUGGGGUAGAUAUUUUUGGACGUACUUGAUUUUGUUUGAAUCUAAAUAUGUCAAAGAUUUAAAAUUAAAAUAUCUAUCAGAUAUAGGUGCUGCUUCAGACUGCUUCAGUUUCUUCCUCCAAUCAAUUAAGAUUAAAUAUUUAUAAGAUAAUAGUGCAACAUUCAGGGUAUUACUCCUGUCAAUCAUCAAUGUUGAUCAUCAACAUAAAUAUCUGUGUUGGUCGGGAGGCCUACCCCGCAGGAGGAAAUGCUUCUGGGGAAUUUAGUGUGAACAAAUUGUUUAAUAGUUUUCUUUUCAUUGCUCUGAACAUUUUUACUAUGGAGAUGAUAACAUAAUCUUUAGGUCAUAAACAACCAUCACAGUUUACAGAGCUACUGCAGCUUUGAACUGCUGUACUUAAUGUGGUUGUUUGCACAUCAACCCCACUACACUAGUGUUUUAAAUAAUGUGUUUGGAUGGCGGCCUAUGUUUCUUUAUGAUUUAAUCAGUGGACCUAAUUUAAAAUUUCAGCAUUGCAAUAAUGUGUGCAAUGUUGUCAUAUCAGAUAUAGCUGAUUGCCAGAACUACAAAAUAAAAUAUGUUUACUUGUAAAUUUAAUCAAAAUUGAUUUACAUGUCAGUGAUCAAUUGUUGUUGUGAAUGCUGAGUCAAAUACUGAUGAUGUAAUAGACCCACAGAUAUUCAUGACCAGCUGGGGGCAGCUUGUGUGCCAGCCUCUAUCUGUCAUCUUAUUUUUCUGCACAAAAGAGCAAGAAAAAACCCCAUGUGUUUCUCAACAUUUAUGACUAGAUAUAUGCAAUGAUCAACAGAUUUUUUAAAGAAAAUAUUUACAGAGAUCUUAUAAUGAAGUUAAUCAUGUAGUGAGAGCCUUUCUAAAUUGGGAACCACAAAUUCAGGUAUACAACUUUCAAUUAUAAUACCCGUGGGACGAAUACCAACCCAUAGGCUCCCAGGUAGUGCAGAAGUAUAAUAAACGAGAUUACAAUCUAUGUUAGGAGCGAUGAUGAAUGAUGGCACUUGACAGAAGAGCUACAAUUAGUGAUGUCUAACUUCCAUAAUAACCACUAAAUGUCUCACUUCAAUGGCUAGUCAGAAAGAUAUGGGUUGGAAACUAGCCGAGCUGCUCUGACCUUUUUGUAUUCUUUGUGUGCUUACAUGGAUUUACUCAGAGUGCUCUGGUCUUCACACAGUCCAAAUAUAUGCAGGUUAGAUGAACUACCAAAUUUAAUUUGUCAGCAGUGGAGUGCAUAUGUCAAUGAGUUUAAAUGAGUGUCUGUCUUUACAAGUUAGCUUUGAGAUUGACUGGCACCAAUUCCAUCAAGUAUAGCUAAUGGGUGGAGAAAAAAAAAUCAAUGAUUUUAAGUGCCAUAAUAUUAUACACAUGAUCAUAGUGUUUUACAUUGAUGAAUGGGUUUUUCUACCUUCUACACAGACCCGGAUUUCACUACACUGUGAAAAUCAUCUUAUGGAUAAUUGAAUCACUAAUAACAUUUCCCUUCAAUGUUGUUAACAGUGACGUAAAGGAGUUAUGCAGUUCUAAAUGCACAUUUCCAUAGCAAAGUAAACCUAAUUGAAUCCAGAAGCUGCCUGAAAGACAAGAAAACCUUGAGCGCACAGCUUUGCUUGUGACCCUGUCUGCACAGUAAUGCUUACAGUGAAAUGCUAACAUGCUCACAAUGACAAUAGCUAAAUCUAAAUGCCAACCAUCUGAACUUAAAGAGUGUGGCAGAGGUGGCACCCUAUUAGGAAAGUCAAAACAAUGCAAACGCAGGGGCAAAAUUUUGUAGUUUUUCAAAAUGUCAGGAGGAGGACCCUAAGUAAGAGCACUUACUGAAUAAGUGUUAAACAAAUGUUCUCAAACAAGUUCACAUCCAAAUGGGCCUCGAUUACACUGCGCCUUGACAGCGUCAUCAUAGGUUGCCAACUUGAAAAGACCAGGGGUGGAGGACGCAGGUAUGGCAAGAUAAUGAGGGGGACGUGAGAUGACAAAAGGGCAUUUUUGGUCAUAUCUCACGAGGGGGCGUCAUCCCCCUUAAAUUUCUUCAUAUAAAUGGGCCUUUAUAAUGUGACAGACUGAGGUGAAAGGAUAAAUAGCAUCUUAUAAGAUGUCCAGACAUGUGUUUACCAUGUCUACUAUCUUCGUCAAGCAUUUUGGCAUGCCAAAAUGUACACAUUCCAUGUUUAUUAGAACAGCUGCGAUAGGUGGGAAAAGCAUUGGUCAUAAAACAGUUGUGAAAAAACUGAAAUUUGCCCAUAUAAUGGAGCUUGAGUGAAAGUAAGAAAGUUCCAUUGCCUGUGGAACAUUAAUUUCUAUUCAAAUAGUUGUUGACAUAUUUCUGUGGUGAACCAACAAAGAAAUUUACUCGACGAUCCUAUAGUGUUCUCUGGAAAUUACCUUCAUUCGGGAUGUCUAUGUAGAUUGUCAACAUGUCCUUACAAUUCCAACAAACCAAAACAUUUUUGUAAAACUUCUAAAGCCAAUUUUGAAAAAAUACAUGUCUUAAAAUGAGCUAUUAAACAUUAGAGUGCAGACCUGCAUAUUGGUGAGAAGUGAUUGAUAAAAUUAAACUGACUGAUUAUUACAUUAAUGCCUUUUUUAAAUGAUUGCCUAAAUAAUUACAUAAAGUGAAAAUCAAUGUAUUAUGUUCAUUUUGUAAAUGUUUCUAGAUUUAGCAAAGACAUUUAAGUUUGGAAGCAGCCAAAAAGUAGUGAAGGUAUGUUUGCAUUUGUAGUAUUUCCCCUUAAAAAGUCUGUUGAUAUGAAAAGUGUUAUCUACAUGGUUGAAAAGAAAUCAUUUAGUAACAUCAGACAUGAGAAAGGAAAUGUUUAAAAAAGUGAUGCUGCAGGAUAACAUCUUGUACUUCUCAUGCUUCAGUGCCUUUUGUACAGUGUACAUUCCAUGAAAUAAAUAUUUUCUAAACAAA